AUGUAUAUCAAAAUAUCAGAGUUGCAACAUCAACAACAGAAGCUUCAAAUCAGCCAGGCUCAUCAUACCACCCCGUUCUUUCUGAUGCAAGUGAAUUCAAGUCAACCUAUAGUUAUCCCUCGUCAGGAACCAAUUAGUAAACAAUCUUCAAACACAUCAUACAACUUGCCAGAAUCUUAUCACACAGCAAGUUCAUUCAAAGCAUCACCAUCAGAUCAACAAUUGCCCUCCUCUGUGAAUUCAACAGGAUCUCAAUCAAUUUCAGUUCCUAUAAUCACUCCAAAUUUGAAUAACAAUAGCAUAACAAACAACAUUUCCAAUUUAAGAAACCCUUUCAAUUCGUCAUCACCAAGUGGCCAUUAUAGUCCAAGAGCAGACCCUCCAAGCUAUUAUAAUGCUAAUAGAACCGCAUCUAUGAGUGAAUCAAUCAAUAAUACGCCUCAAUUCCUACGUAAUAAUAGCUCAAGUAAUGUGUCACAUUCAAACUCAAAUAUAUCAACAAAUCGUCCAAGUUUAUUAACUUCAAAAUUAAGUGGUUCAUCAAAUUCAAUUCAUCAAAUUCAAUCAAAUCAAUCAUCUACUCAACCUCAACAAAUUCAACGUCAACAUUCUGGUCAUAAUUCACCAAAUUAUCCUUAUCCAAAUCCAAAAAAUUCAAGUUUUAGAAAUCCUCAUUUAAAAUCUUCAAUGAAUUUUGAUCAAUCACAACAUAUACCACAUCAACAACAAAUAUCACCACAACAAGCACAUAAUCAAACCCCAAACAACCAUCAAUUCAGCUCAAGUGUACCUAAUCGUUCAUCAAAUAUAGAAAUACAACAACCUUCAACUUCACAACAUUUUAAAACUUCAGAAUUAAUCAAUUCUUAUACACCAUAUCAUAAUACUCCAAGUGUUGUUUCUUCUUCUUAUUCAUCUGCAUCAAAUUCUGUUCCAACUCAUUUUAAUAAUAAUACUUUACCAAAUUUUCAAUAUUCAACUUCUUCAAUACCAACAACUAAUGUUAAUACUGAACAUAUCACACAUAAUGAAUUCAUAAAACCAAGUCCAUAUGAUACACAUAAUCAACAACAACAACCUUAUAUAACAAGAUCUGAUACAGAAAGUACAACAAUACCACAAGAACCAAAUUUAAAUCCAAAAAAUGAUACAUCAAAUUUAACAGAACAAGAAUUAUUUUCAAGAUCAAUUUCACAAAAAUUAUCAAAUAAACCUGAAAAUCAUUUAGAUAUUGUAAAUCAUCCUGUAAAUGAUUUAUUAUUAAUGCUGAGUGCAUUAUUACAAAAAAUUGUUGAAGCAAAUGAUUCAUUACAUCCUCAUCAUUAUCAUCAAGCAUCUCAAUUACAUCAAUCAAAUAAAUUUACUGCAAAUGUUUUAGCAUUCCAUGGUAGAAAUGUUCCAGCAAUUUCAUUACAUGCAUACUUGACAAGAAUUUUAAAAUAUUGUCCUGUUACAAAUGAAGUUUUUUUAACUUUAUUAGUUUAUUUUGAUAGAAUUGCAAAAAGAGCAAAUGCAGGUGAUUUUGAUCAAGAAAAUUUACAACAAAAUUCAAAUGACAUAGAUUCAUCUUCAUCAAUAUCAGAUCAAUCAAAACCUCAAGAACAAUUGUUUGUUAUGGAUAGUUAUAAUAUUCAUAGACUGAUUAUUGCAGGUAUAACAGUUGCAUCAAAAUUUUUUAGUGACAUUUUUUAUAAAAAUUCAAGAUAUGCAAAAGUUGGUGGAUUACCAUUAGAAGAAUUAAAUCAUUUAGAAUUACAAUUUUUAUUAUUAACUGAUUUUAAAUUAAUGAUUCAAAUUGAAGAAUUACAAAGAUAUGCUGAUUUAUUAUUAAAAUUUUGGAAAAGAGAACAAUUAAAAAAUGAUGAAGGAAAUGAUGAACAAGAACAACAAGAACAACAUUUAAAUGAAAAUCAAAAUAAACCGGGUCAUGAUGCUGAUGGUGAUAAAGAUAUUGAUCAAUCUUCUUCAACUACAGAAUCUGUUCAAUCAUAA